CCAAGUCUAAAUAUAAAAAAAAUAAUUAAUAAGUAAUGGAUUGACCUGGUGUAUACGAAACUGUCCCAUAUCUUGACAAGCAGAAGCAAUGAGACAACCUUUGUUCAUUUCACCGAUCAAUUACAUGUUCCGCAAUUGUUAAUAUAUUUUUUUCAAAGUGCAGAACUUAUAUACUGCGAGUUAAAACAGAAAUAAAUGCCCUACACAUUGUCAACCAAAUAUACUUGUCUAUGUUUACUAACGCACUCUAAGUCUCCAUCGAUAGUAAACAAAAGCGUGUCUUUCUGCCAGAGCAUGCUGGAAUACAAAUAGAAAAGGCAGUAUAUUUUACAAGGAAUGUGGGUUUGAACGUAAUGCUCAACAGGCGAAUCUUCGCUUGUUUUGUAUGAUAGAUCUGGUUUAGACCACAAAUGACAAGCACUGUCCGUCUUCAAUUUAAAAAUAUACUUCUAUAAUGUUAGAAAUUGAAUGAAUUACGAUAAUACAUUAAAGGAGACCGUUUGUUUGUCAGAGGCUAUGUGUUAAAGAACUUACGUCCCUAUGAAGAAACCAUCUACAAAGUAUAGAUUUCCUCCAAUUUUCUAGGAUUCCCUGGAUAUUCAUAGGUUUAAGCAUAAAAUUUGGAAAUUCAUUAUUUUAUUUAUUGAUCUAUUGAUCUAUUGAAAUAGACUCUUGUUUCUCGUUUUUCAAAAAACAUAUUUGCACUAUUUCUAUAAUACUUAGGUCAGACCUGCCAGAAGUCAUGAAAGAACUGCCAAGAGAAAAAAUUGAGGAACUAGACAAUGAGACGUUUGAUAAAGUUAGCGAAUUCAGACAGCCUGAAAAACUCAUUAACGAGGCAAAAGAUAUGCAGCAUUUUCGAAUGUCCAAGGCAUAUUUUCGGAUUGUUAGCUACAUUCAAGCAUUAAACGUUGCUUGCGUGGGUAUAAAGGACUAUCAUGUACAUUAUUCCAGCAGAGUUGCCAAUGUUCUAGAUGUACUGGAGCAAGUUCAGGAAAUUACAGAAUCCGUCCCUCUUGAGCCUGGAAGACAUCGCUUUGGAAAUCCCGCAUUUCGGAAAUGGCAUGCAAAGUUAAUGGAAAGUGCACCUACGAUGUUGGAUACAAUUGUUCCAUCUUCCUUAGGCGCCGCCCAAGUAGAAUUACUGGAUUACUUUCUUGGUUCUUUUGGAAAUGCGCAAAGAAUAGAUUUUGGGACAGGGCACGAGCUAAAUUUUUUGGGUUUUUUGAAAGGACUAGAUUUACUCAACCUUCUAACAUACGAAGAUUGCGCCGCUGUGGCCUUGUAUGUUUCGCAUACGUACCUUGAAGUUUGCCGGAGACUAGUCCAGAAAUAUCGGUUGGAGCCAGCGGGAUCACAUGGUGUUUGGGGACUUGAUGACCACUUUUUCAUUCCAUACAUAUUUGGAUCGGCACAGCUGGCAUCUCCCAGUGGUAAUGUCUUGGGUUUACGACCUAGUGCAAUCCUUGAUAAAGAACUUACUGCGGAACUCUCAAAAUCUAAUUUAUAUUUCAGUGCAAUUGAAUUUAUUAACGUUAUGAAAAAAGGUCCAUUUUAUGAGCAUUCCCCCAUACUUUACGACAUAACAGCUGUUCCUUCAUGGUCGAAAGUCAAUCAAGGAUUGUUGAAGAUGUACGAUGUUGAGGUUCUCAGUAAAUACCCCGUCGUCCAACAUUUUCAUUUUGGCAAGCUCUUCCCUUUCCAUAAAUUUAUUUAAAUUAGAUGGAGAAGGAUGUACGUAAAAACUUCAUCUUUACAAGAAAAGGAGUGCUCAUAUCACACGACUAAAAUAGGUAUAAUGUCAUUUUGCAGAAGAUAAAAUGAAUGUCGAAUUUCUAUUUUUUUGUCUUUUAUUUUUUUAUUUCAAUAA